CUGUUGUUGAUAAAACACAGGAAGAGAGUGACAGUAAGCAAAGUAAAGAGAAACCAGUGACCUCCGCCUUGUAUGGUACAAGCAAGGGCAGCUCGUACUGAAAGCUGGCUCAUGGAUCAAACAGCCACAGUGGGGCCAUCCAGCAAAGCAGCUGGGGGUCUGCAUCUGCCCAUGAGCGAUAAGGAACAAAAGUGCUACUCUGAACUCUUCUCCAUGUGCCAGGCUGAGGGAUCUGCAAGACUGGCAGCCGGGAGCAGCAAAGUGGGUGAGCUGUUUAGGGCGUCUAAGCUCCCUGCAGAUACCUUACACCAGAUUACAGAGCUGUGUGGAGCUAAACAUGCGGGUUACUUUGGGCCAGCUCAGUUUUUUGUUGCUUUGAAAUUAAUUGCAUUGGCACAAACAGGACUCCCAAUCUGCUUGGAAAACAUCAAAAGUGCAGCAGCAGCAGCAUACGAGACUAGACAACCUGCACUACUUCAGCAGGAUGGACACUUGCCAUUGAACUAUGAAAACCAGCCUGCACCUCUGCAGCUUUCACUUAGCCGGCUUUCACUCUCAGCUGAAAGAGAAUCACUUGAUGAUUUUAGUAAUUACUCCGAGGACCCCUGGAGGAUAACAGAAGAACAGCGAGACUAUUAUACUAACCAGUUUAUAACACUUCAGCCUGACCUAAAGUCCUUAAUUUCUGGAUCUGUUGCAAAGAACUUUUUUACCAAAUCAAAGCUCCACAUUUCAGAGCUCUCACAUAUAUGGGAUCUUAGCGAUGUAGACUGUGAUGGAGCUUUAACACUGGCUGAAUUCUGUGCUGCUUUUCACCUCAUUGUUGUAAGGAAGAAUGGCUAUGAGGUGCCAGAUACAUUGCCCCAGACUUUAUUGGCAGAAAUCAUUCAAACUGUUUCAUUAAAGCCGAUUUCUGGUGAUGCAUAUGAGGGCUGUCAUGGAACAAGCACACUUUGCCAUAGCAGAAAAGAGCUAGAAACUGUCUGCGAGGACCCUGCAACAUCAGAACCACUGAUUCUCUUUGAUGAGGAAACUAGUGCUACUGAGCUAUCCUCUGCAGCAACACCAUUAGAUCAGAACGAAUUGACACAAGAUUCAGCUGAGAAUGAUAAACAAGACUCAAAACUAAGUUUCCCUUCAGUAGAGGUCAAAUCCUUCAAGUCUUUUAAACCCGGCAUCCAUCAGGAAUCAUACACAAGGCCAAGAUCCAGAUCUUAUUCAAGUACAUUUAUAGAAGAAACAAUGAAGAAACUUGAAGAUCCUCCUACACCACCUCCAAGGCCACAGAAAACACAUUCUAGAGCUUCUUCUUUGGAUCUGAAUAGCAUAAUUCAACAGAAUUCUCCAGCUGCUCGAGCUGGCUGGAUUCCACCUCCUGCUUUACCACCCCGACCUUGUAUAUCACAGAAUCCACAUAAUCCCUCUAACACAGACCAAAAGAUGCCCAUCCAGCAGCCUAAUUUUGCAGACUUCCGAUCACAAGAACAGAGGGAGCGGGUAGCAGAGAUAGAGUUACAUCCACAGACGAAUAAAAUGCUGCCGCAGACAGAGGAGAGCGGUCCUGCCAAAAAAGAAAUCUUGCUUAGCCAGCCUCCAAUGAAACCAUUAAGGCGCAAAUUUCUCACCGAAAGUCAAGUGCCGGAAAACCAUGAAUUGUCUUCUGCAUCAAGUGUGACCUCAUCUGUUGCAUCACUCAAGUCUCAUCCUUCAGUUCAAAAGCAGCCUUCCAAAAGGAAGAAAGCUAUUCAGACAGCCAUCCGGAAAAACAAAGAGGCCAAUGCUGUGCUUGCCAGGUUGAAUAGUGAACUACAGCAGCAACUGAAGGAAGUCCACCAAGAGAGAAUCACAUUGGAAACCCAACUUGAAAAGCUUCGCCCUGUUCCCGUUUUAUGACCGCCAAAGAGCUUGCAGAAAGCAGUAGAAACACUUGUAAAGGAGAGCUCAUAUUUGUGCACAUAUUUCAGCACCUUCAUGUCUGUGUCGUGGCACUGUUAAGGCCUUUGUGCUAUAGACUUUUGUGGGGGAGAAAGUCAGUUUUAUUUACUUGUUUACAAUGAUGGUGUACAUACUAGAACAUGUGCUGGCAGUUGCAGCAGGCUGCAACUUUUUUUAAAUUUGACACACCGCUUGCUUUCUUUUCACCACUGAGACAUUAGUGGCAGCAAAACAAAUAUUGUAGCUGUGUUUAUUUUGACACAAAAGUCUGUUGUGUGAACAAGCCUUAACAUCAACAACAAUGUAAUGAAAAUGGUUUUUAUUUCCUGUUGCCUGUUUAACAUAAGAGAGCAAAAAACGGUAUUAAAGUUAAUGUCCUUCAUUUUUUAGUACACUGGCCAUAUUUUGGCUGAAAGUUACAAGAUUCUUAUUUUCCAUGUUGAGUAACAUGCAUUUUCAUAAAGAAGCCAAUUUGUCUUGGAAAGCAACUCUGACUGACACCCGUUCUUUGGAAUUUCUCACAGCAUUUGGGUUGUGGGUGAUGUUUGACAACGGAUUCUUGGCAGAGGAAAUGGCGGAGAUAGCAUUUCUAUUUUUACUUUCCAGAUCUGCUUAAUUGCUGCAAUUUGCAAAUGGUGCUUUCCCCACCAUUGUGUAUAAUAUUAUUUGCAAUUUCUCAUCUCAGGCAUUAGAGGCUCAAACUUGAUUUGCUGAAUGGAGCCUCCAAAACGGCAAUAGUUAGUGUAAAAUUACUAGGCAUAUUACCGCUGUAGUUCCUAACUGGAAAAGAUAGAGGUUUUUAGGAGUUUUUUUAAGCACAUUAUAUUGCAGUUUUCUCAGUGGAGGAAUAGCAGAUUAUUCUCAUUUAUCAAGGGCUACUCGAGUGCUUCAACAGUUAAUUAACCAACUUUGUGUAUUUAACAAAGGGGGCUUCUGGAUGUAUUUCUCUAGAACUUUUCAUACUCGUUCAAAAAAGGUCUACACAUCAGUACUAGCCUUCUCUGAGCACAGAUUCCUAUUAAUGUUUAUUUAGUGCCAACAUAUUCUGUAGUGUUGUCCUGGAGGUCACAACCAGUAUGACAGGCAGAAACCACAGCCAAUUAAAGCCAAUGUAACUGGACAAUGUUCUAUAUCAUAUGCACAGCUGCCUUCAUUUGAGUUUAUUUGUUCUGUAGUUCCCAUUUUCCUUUUUUUCUCUUAAAGGGAUACUGUCAUGGGAAACAUUUUUUUUUCAAAAUUAAUCAGUUAUUAGU